AUGUUGAAUAGUAAGAGAGCGCGUUGGAUAUUCCAAACAAUUGCUGAUUCAUUUCGAUUGAAGGAUGCAAAUUUGGUGGCGGUGAGUUUUGUUGUCUUAUUUUGUUAGGAAUUCUUAAAGGACAAGACUAAACUUGAAAAAUUCUUAGAGGGAGAAGGUCCAUCCAAGAUAAUUAUAUACUACCAGAUUUAGGAUAACCAGCAAUCUGAUGAUAUGAAGGAGAAUCAAAAUGAGCCUUCACUCUUUAUUUAAUCUGGAGAUUAAGAAAAAAUCAAAGAGAAAGCCGUAUGGUUUUUAAGAAUGUAAGUACAGACAUACAUUUGUUUAUCUAUCAUCUUCCUUAUAUUUUAAAAUUAAAUCUUUAUGAAUUUUAUUUAGGACUCCAGAGGGCAAGACCGCCUGAUUUGGGGAGAAGUUUCACCCUCCUCGAUUUCCUAAUUGCAUACAGUGAUGGAAAAUGUGUACUACCCAUUGAUAAUUAACAUGAUGGAUGAGCGGGAAUGGGGAUAAUGUGAUGAAGAAUCCUUAAAGGAAUUCCAUAGUCACACCAAGAAGUUUUCUUAGGAAGUAUCAGAGGCAGUCAAACUAAUGAGGCCAGGACAAGAAUUAUUCAAAUUCGAUCCUGAAGAAGUGUAGAAAUACUCCAAUUCAAAUAAUGAAUAAGAAAAAAACUAAUUUUAUGAAAGAAAGUUUGCCUAAUGGAUUGCAAUCAUUAAUAACAAAUUAGCUGAAGAUCAAAAUCCAAAGAAGGAUAGUCCAGAUGCAGGUCCAGAAGUUGAAUUGAAUUAUUGGAAAACAAGAAUGUAAGAAAUUACUAAUUGGUCUGAAUAAUUAAAGGGCAAAGACUUUGUGACUUCAACUAAUAGAGGAGAGGAGAAUAUCAAUAAACUCAUAAUGGAAUAUAGUAGACUUGAUCUUUUGCUUACUGACAAAUUAAAUGAAGCCAAGGACAAUGUUAAGUAUCUCUCAACUUUGGAAAAGUUCCUUGAUCCAUUAUACAAAGGAACUCCUCAACAAAUUAUUGACACAUUACCAGCACUUAUGAAUGCUAUUAAGAUGAUCCAUACUAUUGCUAGAUUUUACAAUACAAAUGAUAAAAUGACUGGCUUGUUUGUCAAAAUUACUAAUCAAAUGAUUAAGAAUUGCAAAGAGAGAAUAUUAAAUGGAGGAAAGAAUUAAGAUAUCUGGAAUAGAGAUCCAUCUGAAUUAAAUGAAGUUCUUAGACAAUGCAUACAACUCAAUAGAGAAUACAAGGAUAGUUAUAAAGAGACUAAGGAGAAAGUGGCUGAUAUGCCCAAAGGUAAAACAUUCGAUUUCCCAGAAACACAGAUAUUUGGUAAAUUUGAUACUUUUGUCAGAAGAUUGGUUAAACUAAUUGACAUAUUUUAAAAUAUCUAAUAAUUCUAGGCUUUGGCUAAACAUAACCUAGAAGGUAUGGAAUAAUUGACUGCUAAAUUCAAUUAAAUCAUUAAGGAUUUCAAAGCCAAAAAUCAUGAUUUGUUAGAUACAAACAGUAAUAAAUUUGAUAGAGAUUGGGUUGAAUUCAAUGUUGAAAUCUCCCAUUUGGAUAUGUAAUUACAAUCAUUCAUUGAUAAUAAUUUCAAUAGAUUGAGAACUAUUGAAUAUUCACUUAAAUUAUUGAAGAAAUUUGAAUAAACAAUCAAGAGAGAUCAAUUGAAAAAUUCAUUGGUAUCUAAAUAUAAUACAAUAUUGCACAACUAUGCAACAGAAUUAGACAAGAUCUAACGUAUAUUUACUGAUCAAAAAUCAAGUCCUCCCAUUGUUAGAAAUAUACCACCUGAGGCUGGUAAGAUCAUUUGGGCUAGACAUCUAUUUUUAAAAAUCACAGGGCCUAUUACUAAAUUCCCUGAAAAUGCUAUUGAUUAAGGAGAAUUGAAAAAAUAUUAUGGUGGAUACAACACUUUGGGUAAAUAAUUGACAAUCUAUGAAAUGUGGUAUUAUUAGAAUUGGUCAAAUGAAAUUGAAAGAAGUAAGGCUGCAUUAUAAGCCACUUUGAUUGUAAGACAUGAUGAAAACAAAAAAUUAUAUGUUAACUUUGAUGUAGAAAUAAUGCAAUUAAUUAGAGAAGCUAAAGUAUUGGAUAGAUAAGGAAUUGAAAUCCCAGAAAGUGCAAGAAUCAUUCUUUUAUAAGAAGAUAAAUUUAAGAUGUAUUACAAUGAAUUACUUUAUGUUCUGAAAGAAUAUGAAAGAAUUAUUUCAAAAAUAAAACCAAUUUGCAAAACAUUGAUUGGUCCACAUGUUGAAGAUUUAGAAUUGAAAUUGAGACCUGGUAUGGUUACAUUGACUUGGACAUCAAUGAAUAUUGAUAGUUAUUUGUAAAGUGUUCAUGCAGGAUUAAAUAAAUUGGAAUAAUUGAUUAUCACAAUAAAUGACAUCAUUGAAAAUAGAAUUGAGAACAAUUUGAAAAACAUUAGUAAAGUAUUGUUGGUACAUUUACCAUAAGAAAGCAAACCUUUGACUUUGGAUCAAUUUGUUAAUUUGUAAGAGGAAUACAUAAAGACCAAGACAGAUUAUUUGAUGAGUAAGAAUUUGGAAGUCGAAAGAGCAGUUGAUGAUUUACUCUCUGUGAUUAGAGAAUAUAAAUUAGAUCCACAUGUUGAAUAUGCUGAUCCUACAGAAACCAUCAGAAUCAAGAGAUAUUACUUCUGGUAUUUGUAUUAAGCAUUACUUAAUUCAACUUAAAAUUCACUCAAUGCCAUGAAAUACAGAGUAUGCGGAAAGAAAGGACCAGGACAAUCAAGCACUUAAAAUUUGAAACCAUUCUUUGAAGUCGAUGUUCAAUUAUUCAAUAAUCAAGUUAGAUUGAAUCCAAGUUUAGAUGAAAUAUAGAAAGCAAUCAAUAGAGCAGCCACUGCAGUUUUGAGAUGUUCUAAGAAUCUUUAUAGUUGGAACCUGUAGUAAAAGGAAAGCAAAGGAUCAUUUUAUGAGAUGAUUGCUCAAGAUAAGGAAAUUGUAAAAGUCAUAUUGUUAUUGACUGGUUCAAUUUAAGGUACAAGAAACAAAGUUCAUGAUUUCUUAUCAUCAUUCAAGAAGUUCUCAUGGUUGUGGACUGAAAACAUUUAAGAUAACAUCAAUAGUUUCAGUAAGAAGAAUCCAACUUUGUAAGAUUACGAAGAUGCCUUGAAGAAAUUCACAUCAAUUGAAGAAGAAAUCGAUAAAAUUGAAGCAUCUCAUAAAAUUGGUGCCAUGGAAUUAAAGACAGGAAAUUUAUGUAGUGGAUUGAAAGUACAUGCAAAAGAUUGGAAAAAUUUCUAUUGUUAAGAUCUUCAUAAAAGAGCUAGAUAAUUAUUAGACUAAUUGACAGAUUUAACUAAUUAAUAUUCAACUAAAUUAUCCAAGGAAGUUAAGGAUAUUGAUUCUUUAGGAUACGUUAUGGAAUGUUUAGAAGAUAUUCGUAAGAUUCAAGCAGAAAUCGAUUUGAAAUUUAAUCCAGUUUAAGACAUGUAUGCUCUUUUGGAUAUCUAUUUACCAGGUGGUAUUUCAGAUAAGGAUGAGAUGGAUCAAAGAUCUAUGUUAAGAAGAAAUUGGGAUCAAUUGAUUAGUUAAGCUGAAAUUAAAGGAAAGGAAUUACAAUAGAAAUAAAAGAAUUAUCUCAAGUAAUUGAAGAAGUCAAUUAAGGAAUUUAUUUAAGAAGUUAAUGAUUUCCGUAAGGAUUAUGAAUUGAAUGGACCAAUGGUUGAAAAUAUUGCACCAAAGGAAGCAAUGGAAAGAUUACGUAGAUUCGAAGAUGAAUUUUCAGUUAAAUAGAAAUUCUAUUAAAUUAAUAGGAAGGGUGAAGAUCUGUUUGGUCUAUAAAAUUAAUCCUAUCCAGCUCUUAAAAAGACCUAGGAUGAAUUAGCAAACUUGAAGAAAUUGUAUUCCUUAUUUUCAGAUGUCAUUGAUACAAUUAAUAGAUGGAAAGAAGAAUCUUGGGCUGAUGUUUCAGUUGAAUCAUUGAAUUAGAUGGAAGAAAAUUUCACAAAAUACACUGCUUAAUGUGGUACAUUACCAAGAGAUUUAAGAGAGUGGUAAGCCUAUAAGGAAUUGAAAUUAGAAUUAGAUAAUUUAAAUAAGAUUUUGCCAAUCAUCAAGGAAUUGAAAAAACCAUCCAUUAAACCAAGACAUUGGAUGAAGAUUGUUGAAACAACAGGAAAGCAAUUGAAUUAUGAAAAUCCAGAUAACUUCUUUAUUUCUGAUAUCAUAAACUGUGAGUUAUUGGCUCAUGAAGACGAUAUUGUAGAUAUCACAGAUUCAGCAGAUAAAUAAAUUAAGAUUGAGACAAGUUUGAAAGAUAUCGUAGAUAGAUGGUCUACACAAGAAUUCAAAUUCUCAAUUUGGGGUAAAAGAGAAGUACCAUGUAUGCUUAAUGGUUUGAGUGUGUAAGAAAUUACAGAAACUUUGGAAGAGGAUCAAAUGACCUUAUCUUCAUUGAAUGCUCAAAGAUAUGUUGCACCAUUCAAAGUUGAAGUUGAAAUCAAAAUCAGAGAAUUCUCAGAUGUCUCAGAAACAUUGGAUAUGUGGAUUAAAGUAUAGAAGUUAUGGACUGCAUUGGAACCAGUAUUUACAGGUGGUGAUAUUGCUAGAUAAAUGCCAUUAUAAGCUAAGUAAUUUGCAGCUCUUGAUAAGAAUUGGAUGAAAAUUAUGGAAAAAGCAUUUGAAAGCAAAAAGGUUAUUAUCAGUUGUUAAAACGAUAUGUUAAAGGACUUUUUACCAGAUUUGUAAAAGAAAUUAGAAGAUUGCUAAAAGAUGUUGGAAGCCUAUUUGGAAGGUAAAAGAAAGAAGUUCCCAAGAUUUUACUUUGUGGCUAAUCAAGAUUUAUUAAAGAUUUUAUCUCAAGGAAGUGAUCCAAAGAGUAUUCAAGAAGACUUUGAAAAGUUGUUUGAUGCCAUCACUAAAGUCACAUUUGGAAAGAAUACAGAGAAGAAAGGAUCUACUGAAUUAGUGAUCCAAUAAAUUAUGUAAAGUGCAGGAAAAGAUGAAGAAAUUGUAGAUUUGAAUUAAAAUGUUAAGUGUGAGGGAAAUAUUGAAGGUUGGUUAAAGACUUUAGAAUUACAAAUGUAAUCUACACUAAGAGAUAUUACAAGAACAGCUUGUAGUGCUUGUUUCACUAUGGGAUUAAAGGAUUUCUGUAAGGCUUAUUGUUCUUAAGUUGCUUUGUUGGGUAUUCAAGUCAUUUGGACUCAAAAGAUCACAGAAGCAUUAGAAAAGACAGGAAGAUAAGAGAAUAAGAAUAUCAUGGAAACAAAGAGAGCUGAAAUUAGAGACAUGAUGGCUGUAUUAUCAGCGAUGUGUUUGGAAGGAUACAAAAGUAAUUUAGAAAGAACAAGAGUUGAAACUUUGGUCACAAUCCAUGUCCAUCAAAGAGAUAUUGCUCAGGAAUUGAAAUGCAAAGACAUUAAUGAUUUCGAUUGGUAAAAGUAGACUCGUCUUUAUUGGAAAUAAGAUUAAGACACUUGUGUUAUUUCAAUUACAGAUUGGGAUUAAGGAUAUGCCUAUGAAUUCUUGGGAUCUAAGGAAAGAUUGUGUAUUACUCCUUUGACAGAUAGAUGUUACAUUACAUUGGCUUAAGCUAUGUCUAUGUAUUAUGGUGGUGCUCCUGCAGGGCCAGCUGGUACUGGUAAAACUGAAACAGUUAAGGAUUUGGGUAGAACUUUGGGAGUCUUUGUCGUUGUCACAAAUUGCUCAGAUUAACACAGAUAUAGAGAUAUGGCUAAGAUUUUCAAGGGAUUAUGUUAAUCAGGUUUAUGGGGUUGUUUCGAUGAAUUUAAUAGAAUUGAUUUGGAGGUGCUUUCUGUCGUGGCUAUGUAAGUGGAAGCUAUUACAACUGCAAAGAAAUAACAUCUCAAAGAAUUUAUGUUCCCUGAAGAAGUUGCUCCAAUUGAAUUACAAUAAUAAGUAGGAUACUUCAUUACAAUGAAUCCAGGAUAUGCUGGUAGAUAAGAAUUACCAGAAAACUUGAAAGCCUUAUUUAGAGGAGUGUCUAUGAUGGUUCCAGAUAGAGAAAUUAUUAUUAAAGUCAAGUUGGCUUCUGUUGGUUAUAACUCAAUCGAUGCAUUAGCCAAGAAAUUCAAUGUUUUAUAUCGUUUAUGUGAAGAACAACUUUCAAAAUAAAGACAUUAUGAUUUUGGUUUACGUAAUAUCUUAUCAGUGCUAAGAACAGCAGGUAAUACCAAAAGAGAAGAACUUAAAUCUGACGAAGAAAUGCUUUUAAUGAGAUCCUUAAGAGAUAUGAAUUUGAGUAAGUUGGUGGCUGAUGAUAUUGCCUUGUUCAAUGGAUUGUUACAAGAUAUCUUCCCUAAAUAAAGUGAUAUCAAAAAGAAGGAAUAUCCAGAUGUUGAGAAAAUGAUCCCAUAAGUCAUCUAAAGAAAAGGAGGUUUAAUCAAUAAUGAUAAAUUCCAAUUGAAGAUCAUUUAAUUAUAUGAAACAGCUUUGGUUAGACAUGGUUUUAUGUUAGUGGGACCAUCAGGCAGUGGUAAGACCACAAUUAUGUCUGUAUUGACAGAUUCAUUAACUGAUUUGGGUCUUCCUCACAGAAUCACAAGACUUAAUCCUAAAGCCAUUACAGCCUAAGAAAUGUAUGGUGUCAAGAGUGAAAUCUCAGAUGAUUGGAUUCCAGGUAUCUUCAGUACAAUUUGGUAGAAAUCAAAUAGCAGAAACAAUAAACAUACUACUUGGAUUACUUGUGAUGGUCCAGUGGAUGCUAUUUGGAUUGAAAAUUUGAAUACAGUGUUGGAUGACAAUAAGAUUCUUACUCUAGCCAAUGGUUAGCGUAUACCAAUGACAGAAAAUUGUAAAUUGGUGUUUGAGGUAGAAAAUCUGAAUAAUGCUUCACCAGCAACAGUCAGUAGAUGCGGAUAAGUUUAUAUUUCACCAACAGAUUUAGGAUAUGAACCAGUAUGGAAAGGAUGGAUAUUACAAAGAAAAUUAGAUGCAAGAGUUGAUGAAUCAGAAAAAUUGAAUGUUCUACUCAAUAAAUACUUUAACACUCACCUUAUCUUAGAAACAAUAGACAAGACAUGCAAGAAUCCAGUUAUGGAUAUCUCUUAUGUAUUAAGGGUCUAUCAAACCUUAAAUCUUCUCAAUGGUAUUUUGAGACCAUUAGUAAAUGCUAACAAAACAUUGACUGAAUAAGACUAUGAAAAAGUAGUUGUCUUUGCAAUGACUUGGGGAGUAGGUGGCAUCUAUGAAGUACAAGAUAGAAUCUUAUUCCAUGAAUUCCUUAGCCUAAAAAGGUGCCCCAAUUCCAUACAAAGCUAAAGAUGGUGA